UGGUUUACAACCACAUCAGCUCUAUUUCCUUUCCAUUAAUAGCAAGAUGCAGAGCCUUCAAAACAUGCUGGUCAUCCUUUUCAUUCCUCUGAGCUGUGUGAUGAGUGCAGCAAAAGAAAUCCAAGUGUUUGGAUAUGAACAGAGCGAAGUUAAAGUUUCCUGUCCAUAUGAAGAUGGAUAUGAGUCCUAUAAGAAGUACUUGUGCAGGAAUGAAUGUGACUAUGAUCAUGAUGUUGUGAUAACGACUACAGAAAUGAAGAAGGAUAGAUACUUCGUCCAUGAUGACCAAAAGAAACACAUCUUCACAGUGACCAUCUCUAACCUUCAUUAUACAGAUGCUGGGAAAUACUGGUGUAUGGUGGAGAAGUUUUGGUGGGAUCUCUUGACUGCUGAAGUAAAAGUGGAGGUAAUGCCAGAGUGGUGCUGUGUGAAGACAAAAAAACUGAGCGGCAUUGUGGGACAUCCAGUAAUUAUGCAGUGUCCCUAUCCACCACAACACUGGGAUAACAGGAAGUUCCUCUGUAAGGGAGACCACCGCAACAACUGUACAGAUAUGGGGACGAGUCACAGCAGGUUCACACUGCAAAAUGAUGUUUCUUCCAGCUCUUUCUUGGUCACAAUCACAGAGCUGAAAGCAGGAGAUGCUGCAAUAUACUGGUGUGGUUCAGACUCACAGUGGAGUCCUGGAAACUACACCAAGAUUCAACUGUCAGUGGUCUUCCCAAAGCAGACCAGCACUGUGAGAUCUACCAGCAUUGUGAUCUCUACCAGCACUGUGGUGGAUCCUGUUGGAUCACAAACGACACAUAUCCCUGGCAAAGAUAUUAAGGUUUCUGAUUAG